GCGGGUAAGUUAGUGAUUCCGGUGUAGGCCGCCGGCGGUUCUGUGGGGUCCAGCCGGGCCCGGCCCAGCCCAUGGGCUCUGCUGACCCUGGAGUCCGCGGAGCCGAACCUCGGACGGACCAGCGUGCGCUGGGAGCUGAGCCCGGCCCAGCUGAGCCGGGUGUGAGGCGGGAAGGCCGCGUGAGCGGAGCCCGGCCGGGCCAGGGAUGGGGUCGGGGAGGGGACCGGGACCCUUGGGGGGCUCGUUAGCGCUUCUAGGUCUGCGGAAAAAGGACUAAUAACGUUAUCUCGGCAGCAUCCACAUUCCACGGUUCUCCAAGGCCAAAUGACCACGAGUCACUCAGAAAAUCAUAGCUGCAGAGUUGGAAGGGACCUCAGAGGCUUCUCAAGCCCCACCUCAUCGUUUUACAAAUGAGGAAACUGAGGCCCAGAGACGUGAAGUGACUUGCCCAAGAUAACGGUGCAGCAUUCCUCAGGUGAAAACCUACCCGAGGACUUGGCCAUGUUUUCGGAGCAAGCUUCAAAGAAGGCCCACACACUCUUGUCUCCACCAUCAACAGAGUCCUCCACCUUUGCUCGAGUACCCGUGACAACUUACACUAACUCUUCCCAGCCUUUUCGUUUGGGGGAGCGAAGCUUUAGCCGGCAGUAUGCCCACAUCUAUGCCACCCGCCUUGUUCAUAUGACGCCUCUCCUGGUGAACCGGGCUCGGCAACGUUGGAGUAGUGAAGUAAAUGUAAGGAAGCUCUGUGAACUGCAGCCUGGGGAGAAAUGUUGUGUGGUGGGGACUCUCUUCAAGUCCAUGCAGCUGCAGCCUUCCAUCCUUCGGGAAAUCAGUGAAGAGCAUAAUCUGCUGCCCCAGCCUCCUCGGAGCAAAUAUAUCCACCCAGACGAUGAGCUGAUUCUGGAAGAUGAAUUACAACGCAUCAAACUGGAAGGCACUAUUGAUGUGUCCAGAUUGGUAACAGGAAUAGUGCUGGCAGUGUUGGGCUCUGUGCAAGAUGAUGGCAAGUUCCUGGUGGAGGAUCAUUGUUUUGCUGACCUGCCACCCCAGAAACCUAUGGCAGUACCUGAUGCAGACAGAUUUGUGCUGCUGGUAUCUGGGCUGGGCCUGGGCGGAUGCAGUGGUGAGAGCCUGCUGGGGACCCAGUUGAUGGUGGAUGUAGUGACAGGACAGCUGGGCGAUGAAGGAGAACAGAGCAGUGCUGCCCACAUCUCUCGUGUCAUUCUUGCUGGGAACUUACUCAGUCAGAACACACAGAGCAGAGACUCUAUCAGUAAGGCUAAAUACUUAACUAAGAAAACACAGGCAGCUAGUGUGGAAGCCAUCAAGAUGUUGGAUGAGAUCCUACUCCAAUUAAGUGCCUCAGUGCCUGUGGAUGUGAUGCCUGGUGAAUUUGACCCAACAAACUACACGCUACCUCAACAGCCACUUCAUCCUUGCAUGUUCCCGCUGGCUUCUGCCUAUUCAACACUGCAGCUGGUCACCAACCCCUACCAGGCCACCAUUGAUGGAGUCAGAUUCCUGGGGACAUCGGGACAGAAUGUGAGUGACAUUUUCCGGUAUAGCAGCAUGGAGGAUCAUCUGGAGAUCCUGGAAUGGACCCUCCGAGUGGGCCACAUCAGCCCCACUGCACCUGACACUCUUGGAUGUUACCCCUUCUACAAAACAGACCCAUUCAUCUUCCCUGAGUGCCCUCAUGUUUACUUCUGUGGCAACACUCCUAAUUUCCGCUCCAAAAUCAUCAGAGGGCCUGAGGAACAAACUGUCCUGCUGGUUGCUGUUCCCAACUUCAGCACCACCCAGACUGCCUGCCUGGUGAACCUAAGAAACCUAGCCUGUCAGCCCAUCAGCUUUUCUGGCUUCAGCACUGAGGAUGAUGAUGACCUAGGAGGAGGCCUGGACGUGGGGUCCUGAGCUGGGAAGAUGGAAACUGCCCUCACAGAUGAGCUGUGGCAAUGAUGUCACUUAGGCUGAACCACAUGUAGAGAGAAGACCUGGGUAAUGCCAGGGGACUCUUGUAAAGGUAGGGCCUGGAGCUAAAAGGUCUCAGGCUUCCUUCAUGCCAGUACUCCACUUUGUGUCAGGAUUUUGGCAGCUUGUAACUUUGUAAAUAAAGCUGGGAAGAUUUGCUUCCUGUCUAUCAUGUGC